UCGAGAAAAAGUCUGUGCCGACUCUUUUGUUUACGGACAUGACCUGAAAGCAGUAAAACGUAAAAUGGUAAUGCGAGAAAGAUUGCUGGUUAGCUUGUGAAAAAGGCAUCAAAAAGUCAAAUUGACUCCGCGUUGUGUCAUCUCCUAGCGCAAAGGCGUUUUUAAAGAUCCAAUAGCAAACAACUCAUGAAUUUAAAUAUAUAUAAACGAAGAAAAAGACGGAUGCAUGGUAUGGAUUCAGUAAUGGAGUUGCAGUGAUUGGAUUCAAGAUGGUCAUGGAUUCCCAUACUCAUUAACCCCAUUUUUCUAACGCCUCCUCCACGUGCAUACUUCAGCUCCCUCCUGAAUUCACUUCCACUAUCCUUAAAUAUAUAUAAACUAAGGAUUUGGAUCCAAUCCCACACUCUCCUUGUACACAGACGCAAUCACAGACAGUAGUAAUCCUCCCAAGGUUUCAGUUUCCUUUCCUAUGUGCAUGCAAGAACUGAUCGAGGCUGUGAAAGUAGUUGCAUGCAUAGUUAAUCGUUGGGAUCGUUUUUGAUGUAGUUGUUGAAGCAGCGGUCAAUAAAUAUUCUGGGAAGAUGGAAAAGUACGAGAUCGUGAAGAACUUGGGAGCUGGGAAUUUUGUGGUGGCAAGACUCUUGAGGAACAAGGAGACUAAGGAGCUCGUCGCUAUGAAAUACAUCGAGCGCGGCCAAAAGAUUGAUGAGAAUGUGGCGAGAGAGAUUAUCAACCACAGAUCGCUUCGGCAUCCCAACAUAAUCCGUUUCAAGGAGGUGGUUUUGACACCGACAGAUUUGGCGAUUGUGAUGGAAUAUGCAUCCGGCGGAGAGCUCUUUGAACGAAUCUGCAAUGCCGGCAGAUUCAGUGAAGAUGAGGCUAGAUAUUUCUUUCAGCAGCUGAUCUCUGGUGUCCAUUAUUGCCAUUCCAUGCAAAUAUGCCAUAGAGAUUUGAAGCUGGAAAACACACUUUUAGAUGGAAGCCCUGCGCCACGGCUCAAAAUUUGUGAUUUUGGUUAUUCCAAGUCAUCCAUCCUGCAUUCAAGACCCAAAUCCACAGUUGGGACUCCUGCAUAUAUUGCACCAGAAGUUCUUUCUAGAAGAGAGUAUGAUGGCAAGUCGGCAGAUGUAUGGUCAUGUGGAGUAACUCUCUAUGUCAUGUUGGUGGGAGCAUACCCUUUUGAAGACCAAGAUGACCCCAGGAAUUUCAGAAAAACAAUUCAAAAAAUAAUGGCUGUUCAGUACAAAAUCCCAGACUAUGUUCACAUAUCUCAAGAUUGCAGGCAUCUUCUCUCUCGGAUAUUCGUUGCAAGUCCAUCGAGGAGAAUUACAAUCAAAGAAAUCAAGAACCAUCCAUGGUUUCUAAAGAACUUGCCAAGGGAGCUAACAGAGUCUGCUCAAGCUAUCUAUUACCAGAGAGACAAUCCUAGCUUUUCUCUUCAAAGUGUGGAUGAUAUAAUGAAAAUUGUAUCAGAGGCGAGAAAGCCACCCCCAUCAUCUAAGCCUAUUGGGCGCUUUUGCUGGGGAGCAGAAGAUGAAGAAGGUAAUCAAAACAUAGAUGCAGAAGUGGAGGAAGAAGAGGACGAAGAAGACGAGUAUGACAAGAGGGUCAAAGAAGUUCAUGCUAGUGGAGAAUUUCAUGUCAGUUAAGCAGUAUCAUCCUUCUCUAGCCAUAAGAUAAGUGUUUAAAGUUGUGAAAGUAGCAUUCACCAAUGUGUAUAUAUAAUAUUUAAUAAGUAAUGCUCCAAUCUCAAAAAAAAAAAAAAAAUUGUGGAUUUGAAAGUACUAGACCUCGUGUUCUAAUUUGUGUGGCACUUUGCAUGUAAUGUACUAUUUGUUUCCUGAAUGAAAAAAUGGUUGUCUUGUUA